CUUUUGCUUUUGUCACUAUAAAAGAAGUCAAUCACCUAUUUAUACGUAACGUUAUGUUAUUUAUUUAUUUCGACCACUUUUUAAUCGCGUCAAUUUGACGAACUGUUACAAAUUAUCGAAUAGAUUGUAUUAAACAAAGAGAUAUAUUUUAAUAAUGGCAUCGUUAGCAUUUAAAGUUAAAAGUAAAAACGGCCAGCAAAUAUUGAAAGAUUUGACCUCUGAAAGUACUGUUGGUGAAUUAAAAAUGUUUCUCUCCAGUCUUUCGGACGUUAGCUGUGAGAGGAUUUGCGUGCUGUGUGGUUAUCCGCCCAAAGCUAUAGAUAUUAGUAACGACAAUAAGACAUUGAGUGAUAUUGGUCUAAAAACAGGUGAAACGUUGAUUAUCGAAGAGAAAUCUGCACCAUCAGCGCCAAGUGUUGUGAAAUCUGACGUCAUCAAACCUGUAGAGAAUGGAGUAUCACAUGAAACAAUAGGAUGUAGACCAGGAAUUUUAAUGAAAAAAGUUGUUCCUUCUGAUAAUUCUUGUUUAUUUACUAGCAUAGGUUUUGUAUUAAAUGGAAAUGUCGAUACAUCAGUGCACUCUCUUAUGCGCCAGAUAAUAGCCAUGGAGGUGGCUAGUGAUCAGGAUACAUACAAUGAAGCAAUGUUAGGGAAGCCAAAUUCUGAAUAUUGUGAUUGGAUACAACAGCCUAGCUCCUGGGGUGGAGCUAUUGAGGUUGCAAUAUUGAGUCGGUUCUAUGGUUUAGAAAUGGCUGUGGUUGAUACUCUUAAUGCAAUUAUAAACAGAUUUGGUGAAGAUAAAAAUUACGGUCAACGAGUGUUUCUUCUCUUCGAUGGUGUGCACUAUGACCCGUUAUAUUUGGAACAAUCAGAUGGUGGAAUUCAAACAGUUUUUCCAGCAGAAGACAUGGAUAUUUACAAGGAAGCUGAGCAGCUAGCCCUAGAAGCGAAGUCAUCACGACAGUUCACUGAUUUAAACAAAUUCACAUUAAAAUGUAUGAUUUGUAGCAAAUUAUUGACGGGCCAAGUAGAAGCACAGAAACAUGCAAAAGAGACCAUGCACACAAACUUUGGAGAAGUAUAGCGAUUGUGGGGUAUAUAGAGAACAUUACCGAAGCCAAUUUGUUAUACUAAUGUUGCUUAGAUAAAUUUGCAUUACAUUUUUUAAUGAUCUGCAGCCUAAUUAAGUCACAAUUGUAGUUUUCAUAAAUUUUUUACAGAGUCAAAUGUGAUUGAAGAAAUAAAUUUCUAAAUAGUUA